CAGCUGUGGGUGGUGCAUGCUGAGCUUCUACCGAGGUAUUAUAUUACAGCUGCUCUGUUUAACUAGAAGGUUGUUGUUAUACAUAAGUGACGAAAUCAGAACGGUCCCCAAUUUCUCAUGUAGUGGAUUUAAUGUUAUAUGGGAUUUCCCGACACGUUGCUGCAAUUGCCCAAUGUGUCACUACUCGCCCGUUCACGGAAGGAAAAGAGUCCGACCGGAAUCCGAAGAGAUCGAUAGCACCGCAGGUCUUGAAUCUCAGGAACUUAAAGAGAAAGCGGCGCUGAUCGUUGCGGAGGUGAUUAAAACCGCGUCAGAACACUACAGAGGUAUACCGCGUGCAACACCAGAAGUAGUUCCUGCAUUGCCGACAUCUCCUAUCAAACCUCGGACAUACACCAACAAGAAUGUGUCUUAAUAAAAUAUCUGUAUGCUAUUCCUAUAGAA